UAUCAGGAAUGUUGUAUCGUGAUAUUCCACCCAGGAAAUGAUGGACGAUCCCCGCGAGGAAUCGGACCGGCCCGCACAUCCUGAGACUUUCCUUUCCAGCCAACCCGAGAAAAACAAUCUCGGAACGGUCACAGUUGGCGUAGACUUCCCGGUGUGUGUGGUUCUUCCUGCUGGAGGUAGCGGAGAGAGAACCGGACUGCAAACACCCAAACAGUUCUGCUUGCUACUUGGCCGACCGCUCAUAAGCUACACCAUUCAGGCUUUUGAGAGGGUAUCAUGGAUCCGCAGCAUCGUGGUUGUCGUGGCCCGAGAAAACAUGGACCUGAUGACGGACAUCGUUGGGCGCUUCCAGCACACCAAAGUUCGGGUGGUGGCGGGCGGCUGCACGCGUCACAGGUCCAUUUGUAAUGGAGUCAUGGCUCUAAGUGAGGAAAAGGAGGAAGAGAUGCAGGAGAACAAGGUUGUCAUCAUCCAUGAUGCUGUGCGGCCUUUUGUGGAGGAGGACUUCCUGUAUCAAAUAACCAUGGCCGCCCGGGAACAUGGCGCAUCGGGGGCCAUCCGACCGCUCGUCUCCACGGUGAUCGCCACCACAUCAGAGGGCUUCCUGGACCAUUCGCUAGAGCGAGCUAAGUACAGAGCCAGCGAGAUGCCUCAGGCCUUCAAGUACAACAUCAUCCAUAGAGCCUAUCAGAGAUGUACCGAGGCCGAUUUUGACUUUGGUACCGAGUGUCUCCAUCUGGUGCUGCGGUACUGCGCUACUAACGCCAAACUCAUCGAAGGCCCGCCCACGUUAUGGAAGGUCACCUACAAACGAGACUUGGCCGCUGCGGAGUCUGUCGUCAAAGACACGCUAUCUCAAUCGGCCUGCGUGAUCACAGACGGAUGUUCGCGUGCGAGCCCGCUGGCCGACUCCCUCCACGAGGCCUUUUGCAGCCUCGAAAUUCAAAUCAAGCUGAACAUCAUCCCAGAUGUGACGGGAGACAACGUCAGGUAUCUGCUCAAGGCCUGGAACUUCAUCCAAUUUUCUAGGAAUGUUUCUGAUUUGGCUAAAGUGGAGACCACGUUUGCAGCAGUGGAGAGAAGCGGACAAACGCUUCUUCACCCGGUGGUUGUCAUUGUGGUCCAUCUAAGCACUCCGGAGCGAUGGGCGAUUGAACCGACAACCUUUACAGAGUUAGCAUUAGCAGCUAAGCGCCGGAAUAUUCUCUUGUACGGCGUCCAUGUGCAGCAGUCAAAGGAUGCCGAGCGCUGGGCAAGAUCUUUGUCAAAAGUGGCCGAGCUGGCGUCAGCUUUGAUUGGAGAGCGGAGCGAGGCUUUGGUGGGACAACUUCUACAAGCGUGACGAGCGAAAAAAUCAUUUUGGGUCGGCUCCACAUUUAAAUCGAGUGGGAAGCGCAAACUCUCACUCAUCUCCUAAGCACGCCUCCACAUCUUGAUAGGAGUGUUUUUUCACCAUGACUAAUAAAUUGACUUGGACAUGUGGAAUUGGCGGAAUGUCCCUUUAAUGC